AUCGUGGACCUUUGAGCGUGGAUGUUUGAGCAACCAGAAACGCCUGCCGAUUAUAUCAGAAAGGCUAACAAAUAUAAAUCAAAACAUAGAAAAAGAGCAAAGAAAUAGCGCUCAAGAUUUUUGCAAGAAAAAAAAUCAAAAUGCCAGCUCAAUAACCUCAAAACACGCUUAGUAAAGAACACGGGGUUUCAUUCUUGAGUUCGCAAAGUUUUUUCGGUUCCCCAGCUGUGUGUUACAUAAAUCUCAGUGAUUGUGUUAGUGUGCGAGAGAGUGCUCAUGUGUGUGUGUGUGCGACUCACAGCAACCGCAGCUAAAAUAUAAAAAUUUCCUAAAAAUUAUAGAAGAGCAACUUCCCGAUUUCGGUAUAUUCUUUAUGCUUAGUCAAUUGGGUACGAGCCCAGUAGCUGUUUCGGUGUCAAUUACGAGAAAGUUACUACUCAAAAGAGUACUGAGAAACAACCACUUAGAAAUCAGCCAAGCAGCCAGUCGAAGCAAUGUUCGUCUCCCAUCAGAUACCCAAUAUCUAAUAAUAAAUAAUAAUAUAAUAUUGAUAUAAAUUGAUAAGAAUAUGAAUUUACGAUGAUGCUUCUAAUAAGACAAAAUAACGCACACAAAUAACCAGAACCCAACUCGAACAUGCUACAGAGACAACACCGAACCCAGACCUCAAAACAAAAACCAAUUGCGGCACUAUCAAAUUAGAAUAAGAACACAAAUACAGAUCCACACUGAACAAAUAUCAAAUAGAACAAAUGUGCAUAUUGCUAAUUAAAUUACAAAUAGAUAAAGCUAAUUAAGCAACAAUACAACAGACACACACAUGGCUAGCGUAUAUCCAGUCCUACCUUCCAAAACUCGUUCGCCCCAGCUAAAUAACAUAGAUAAACUUGCAGUAUACCGCCACUUUAAGCAGCAAGCCCACAACACUAAACAGAACAUACUUAGCAAACACGGGAGGAGAACAUAGAUGUUAAAACCGAAUUACCAAUAUCAAACUAGAUUGCCUUGCUCCCCGUAUAAAUGUCUACCUAGAUGUUGAUUGUUUUAACCCGUAUUGAAAGUAAUGAACAUCCAAUCCUGCUAUCUGUGUGCCUUCGAAUGUGCAGUAAAUGCAGCUUCUGCAUCGGCCGAGCACGCUAUGCCUAACAUCUUCUAUGCCACCUAUAGCUAACCCGACUGCAGCUACUCGACCAGGCAGCCACAUGUAAAUACAGACUACACCUACCCGAACAGAUCAGAUCAUAGAUCAAUUUUCAGUUCUUGAGUUCUCAGCCAUUGGAUUUCCCGAUACCGAUACACUCACACAUUCCGAGCCCAGAAUCCUGAACUCCCGCGAAAGGCGACGACACAAGAGCUGAAAUGUGCGUUUUUCCUUCCUUCAAAACUUGAAGUAUUUUCCACCACCUGUAUCAACUUUCAGUCUCCCACAUUUCUCCAAAAUAUUUUCCUCCCCCAAGAAUUAUACUAUACUAUAGCUAUAAAAGGCAUGCUGCUUGCGAUCGCUUAUGGUUCUUAUUCGGCUCUAAUAACACUUUAUAAUCCGUUCAUAUAUUAACCUUGUAAAGCCAGAUAAAAGUCUACUCUACAUCUUAAAGAAAGCAUAACAUAUAUAUCAAGUUUAAAUACUUUCCUAUUUUAUUCCUUUGGGCUUUGAACAUACAAGUGCGUAAACUACUCACCUUAGAAUAUUUAUUUAGUUUAGUUUUACACAAUAUACAGAUAUUUAAUACCAACACAUUCCUUAUACCUUUUAAUAUUUCUUACAACCUCUAAAUGUUAUAUUUCCAACUCUGUUAUCCUCCUACUAUACAAUUUGCUUUGAAUUCCAUAACAAACUAUUACUAUCCUACACCAAAGAACAUUAAUGCUAAUAAAUAUUAUUGCCUCAGCACUAUCUCCCUAUCCAUAAAAGAAUAUCCCAACGAAUGUUUAUCUCUAAGUGUCGCGUAUGCAAAGUCAAUAUUUUAAGAAUCGUUUUUCUCUACUGUUUUAACUGUGCUCUUUUUAAUAUUUUACUUUGGUACAUGUCUACCCCUCGAAUAGCCAACUUUUACACACCGUUAAUACUUUUUGGCUCUAUGUGCAAUUAAAAUCUCAAUAAACGCACCACCUAAGCAACAAAAUUAAACUAAAACCAAGGUAUCAAAGCAAGUUCAACUCGCUCGCUCGUUUUCUUCAUCUAAUACCUAACCGAAAGCAAAAAAGAGCAAGCUUCAGAUAAUUGGCUCCAAUUGAACUAAUUGUUUUAUGCUUCUAAUUGUUUUAUGCGAAAUUUCUAUCGAUAACUAACCGCCAAACCAAACCGCACAAUUCAAAUUGAAAUCGAUCCGUAAUGUCUCGCGAAAACUCCCCUCGUCACGGCUCCUUCCGCCGCACUCUCAAUAGCAGAGAUCCGUCGGCAGGGACGCCGGGCUCCGGAUCGGGAGCGGGAUCGUCACAUCACCAGCAGUCCAACCAGCACUACCACCACCACCAGCCGCCGAUCAUGGAGCACGCCGGCGCGCAGAUCUCCACGUCCGCCUCGAACAUAGCCACCGUGCUGGAGGAUCAGCAGCUGCCGCCCUUGACAGGAUCUGGACCCAGUCGCCAAAGAUCUCUGAGGGAUCGGCUCAAGGACGGCAUCACCGGUAGCUUUUCCUGGCAGAGCAAAUCGCGAAGCGUGGAUCACGGCCUGGCGGCUCCAUUCGACUUGGACUCGCUCCGCUCCAAAGUGGAGCAGCGCUUCGAGAGCGUCGACAAACUAUCAAGGCAAAAGUCUUCAUUGCCCACCAUACCCACCAUUUCCUACACCGUGGGCAAUCGCGACACCCUGACCUCCGUGGCCGCCCGGUUCGACACCACGCCCUCGGAGCUGACCCAUCUGAACCGGCUGAACAGCUCUUUCAUCUACCCGGGCCAGCAGCUGCUGGUGCCGGACAAGAGCGCCAAGGACGACGCCUUCAGCAGCUCCACCAACGACGCGGACGGGGCCAGUCUGUCCGGAAAAUCAAGUCCGGUCGAGCGCAAGCUGUCCGCCGACGAGAGCCGCGAGAAAGACAUACUCGAGGGCCUGCGCCCCGGAUCCCCAAAACCUGGACACAUUGAGCGCGUGGGCGGCAGUAGCCAGCAGCAGGCGGAGGAGGAGGCCAACAAAAGCGACGACCCGGUGAUCACCCAGCGCUUCCUGAAGAUCAAUGUGCGCCACAUCACGGACGGACAAGGCGUUGUGGGCGGCGUCCUUCUGGUCACGCCCAACGCCGUUAUGUUCGAUCCCAACGUCAGCGAUCCGCUGGUCAUCGAGCACGGCCCGGAGAGUUACGGCGUCAUUGCGCCAAUGGAGCUGGUGGUCAACGCCGCCAUUUUCCAUGAUAUUGCACACAUGAGAGUGGCCGGAGGAGCAGGUCAGAGCCUGAACUCCGGCUCGGGUGACGCGGAGAAGCCGGAGAUUUACUUUCCCAAACCAGUAUUAAUCGAAGAAGACUCCAAGGAGCUGGGCGAAGACGGUAAUAAACGCUUGGAUGACAUAGGGUCGCUGGAGAUCGCUGACGACCAAGAGUCGCUUUGCUCCAGCACUGGACGCGAUGGCGACGCGUUUCCCAAAGCCUUCGACCGCGAACGUGUAGAGGACUCUUCUACGGAAGCCAAAGAUAGCUCUAAGACUGACGGUCUAGACGAUGAAGACAAGAAGGCCGGUCUCGGCCUUUCCAGCACCCGCUCCACCCUUGAGGAGCGGCGCAAGAGUUUGUUGGAUCACCACUGGGCCAUUCCGAGCAAAGACCGAUCCUCGGAAGAUGAGGGCGACAACGAGUCUAACGUAACCGUGGACAGCGGUGCAAGAGUCAAGGAUCUGCACUCGGCCAAUAGCUCGGUCAGCGGAGUACCGCUUAGCCAACCCCCUGUGGCUGCUGUUGCAGCUGACGCAGCGGUUGGACCCGCCGUUGCUCCUCUGCCUCCCUCGGGCAUCGACCUGGAGCAUUUAGAGCAGCUAUCCAAGCAGUCGUGCUACGACUCGGGCAUCGAUAUCCGCGAGCCCGUUCCGAACGUACACCCGAUACCAAAGAAAGCCGUCUACAGCGAUGCGGACAUUGUUCUCAGCUCCGACUGGGUACCACCGAAAACCAUUGUGCCGACGCACUUCAGCGAGUCCCCGCCUCGCAGCACCGUUCUCGGGCAGAGUCUCGACGCCGGCACAGGAGGCGUCCGUAAAAAGACCUCAAGCGUGAGCUUUAGCGUCGACGACGAGGCCGCUCAACAGGCUCAGGCCCAGGCGGCUGCACUGGCUGUCACUGACAAGCAGGCGGAGAAAAAGAGCAAGAUGCUAAAACGUCUCUCAUACCCCCUGACAUGGGUGGAGGGCUUGACUGGGGAGGGUGGAGCCGUGCCGCCCGGGGGCGUGGGUAUUGGAAGCCUGAACAAGUCAGGAGACACAGACUCGGCACCCAACACGGGUGACUCCAACCAAAGUGUAUUUUCGAAAGUAUUCUCAAGCUCGCCCAUUACUCUGGUUUCAGAGCUGGGCGGGAAUCUUUUUUCGAAAACACCGUCCGAGGACUCUGGUGGCUCACCUGUGCCGCCAUUGACUCCGCAUUCGACUCAUUCCGAGGGUCACAUGACCUAUGGACGUUCCUCAAUCGGUACCUUUAUUCGUCCUCACUCUUCAGAGGGCACUUCGUCCAGCACUAAGCUGAAGGAGGCCAAGCAGGCGCCCAAACUGGACUACCGCUCCAUGGUCUCCAUGGACGACAAACCGGAACUCUUUAUUAGUGUGGACAAACUCAUCCCACGACCGGCUCGAGCCUGCCUUGACCCACCAUUGUAUCUACGCCUGCGCAUGGGCAAGCCCAUUGGCAAGGCCAUUCCGCUGCCAACCUCUGUCAUGUCCUACGGGAAGAACAAGUUGCGCGCUGAGUACUGGUUCAGUGUGCCAAAGAAUCGCGUUGAUGAGCUCUAUCGCUUCAUAAACACCUGGGUUAAACACUUGUACGGUGAGCUGGACGAAGAGCAGAUCAAGGCGCGUGGUUUUGAGCUGAUUCAAGAGGACACCGAGUGGACUAAAAGCGGCACUACCAAAGCCGGCAUGGGAAGCGGCAGCCAGGAUGGCGAGGAGAUAAGCGAUCUGACCCGCGAGUCCUGGGAGCUUAUAAAGGCACCGUUCGCCAAGACCUACAAGAUCAUUAAAACGGCAUCGCAUGCCGCAUCGCAUGACCUGGAAAUGCUGGGCGGCGAGGUGCUGUCAAUGAGCACAGAUGAAUAUCGCAAGACCUCACUCUUUGCCACAGGAUCCUUCGACUUGGACUUCCCCAUACCAGACCUGAUCGGCAAGACAGAAAUUCUUACAGAGGAACAUCGCGAGAAGCUCUGCUCACAUCUGCCGGCUAGAGCCGAGGGAUACUCCUGGUCCCUGAUCUUCAGCACCUCACAACAUGGUUUCGCACUGAACUCCCUGUACCGCAAAAUGGCUCGUCUGGAGAGUCCAGUUCUGAUUGUCAUUGAGGAUACGGAGCACAACGUAUUUGGUGCCUUGACCUCCUGCUCACUGCAUGUGUCGGACCACUUUUACGGCACCGGUGAGUCCCUGCUCUACAAGUUUAACCCGAGCUUCAAGGUGUUCCAUUGGACUGGUGAGAAUAUGUACUUCAUCAAAGGCAACAUGGAAAGCCUUUCGAUUGGCGCUGGAGACGGUCGUUUUGGCCUUUGGCUGGAUGGGGACCUGAACCAGGGACGAUCGCAGCAAUGCAGCACAUACGGCAAUGAACCUCUGGCGCCACAAGAAGACUUUGUUAUCAAAACACUCGAAUGCUGGGCAUUUGUUUAAGUGAAUUUCUGUUGUCGUCAACAAACAUAUUUAAGGAUGGGAGCGAGGGCCUCCUGUCGACCUAUCUAUCUAAAUAAUUAUAUGUACUUGUACUAAAAACCAACAACCUGAGAAAGAUGUCAAAAGCUGGUGUGCGUCCAAGAAUCCGUCGGAGCGGUCCACACAGCCCGAACCCUAAAUCACUUGAAUACACCAACACCACAUCAAAAAAGGAUCUGCUUUAAAGAAAAAUGCUUCUGAAAAUUCGCUUCUCGGAAGCAAAUGCGAGUUAGCUAUGCGUUGGAACGUAUUAAUUAUUUAGUUUUUAUAUCAUAUAUUAUUAAACAAAAGCAACUAAAUUAUGUGUUAGACUUAAACAAAACAAAACAUGAAAAAACCGAAAAGGCAGACUAGCGAAAACAGUUGAGGAUAAAAUUAGAGGUCAUCACACAUCUCCAUGAAUAAUAUGGCACACGCUUACACCCACAUACGCUCACACAAACACAUUAAGUUUAGUUCUUAUUAACGAAAAUUAUAAACAACAAAUUUUGAGAAGAAACUUAUAGCAAAAAGCAGGUUUUUAUCAUUUAUCGUGUAAAUUUCUCUUGUUUGAUUUCAGUUUGAAUUUAGUUUCGACCGAUUACUUGCUAAAGUUAUUGAGAACAUUGUGAAAGAGCAAGCCAAGGAGAUGAGAAAAAUAAAAAGAAUGUCGAUAUAUUUUUAGUGCAAAAAUGCUGAUUGCAAGUAAAACUAAAGCAAAGAUAACUUUAAACAAUUUGACACUUAUGUAUAUGUAAAAAAGAAGAUGAGAGCGAGCGUUUUAUUUUUUAGUUUUACACGAUAUACAUAUAUUUAAUUAUGAUUAUUUUUAUGCUAAUGAUGUUGACUUCUACGCAAUUAUACUAAAACUAAAACAGAAACAACACCAGAAUGAAAUACACAUUAUUAUACAACCAAA